AUGCCGUUCGGAUUAAAGAACGCGCCAACCACAUUUCAGCAGCGAAUUAACACUGUUUUCAGCAAGCAGCUCGGUCAAAACAUUGAGGCUUCUAUUGACGACAUGAUUGUAAAAGAAAGAGAGGUAGUUCAGAUGCCCGCCUACUUUGUUAGUCACGUAUUGCAAAAUGCCGAGUUAAGAUAUCCUACGGUGGAGAAGUUCGGUUUGGCCUUAUUUUUGGCAAGAAAGAAGCUGCGUCCAUAUUUUUUGGCUCACAGACUGGUGGUCUAUAAUGAUCAUCCAUUGAAGCUACCAUUCACUAAGCUAGAGGCAGCCGGCCGCAUGUUAAAUUGGGCUAUUAAGCUUAAUGCAUUUGAUAUCUCCUAUGAACCUAGGAAGGCUAUCAAGGGGCAAGCGCUUGCUGACUUCAUUGUGGGAAUGACAAGACCCAACUUCCCCAGAGACAGAAUGACCUUAUGGACAGUCUUAGUGGAUGACUCCUCCACGCAAAAUGGAUGUGGUGUCGGCAUCAUUUUCCAGUCACCUGAGGGAGAUACUUAUGAGUAUGCAAUGCACUUCAAAUUCCAAGCUUCAAACAAUGAACUCGAGUAUGAAGCACUACUCUGUGGCAUCCAAAUGUGGAAAGCGGUAGGAGCUGAGGAAAUUUUGGCACUGCCUGACUCUCAACUUGUGGUUCAUCAGGUAAACAGAGAUUAUGAAGCACGAGAUCCUACAAUGAUCAAGUAUAUGAAUGUCGUCCACCAAGAAGUAGAACACUUAAAGAUCUUUAAAGUAAAACAGGUCCCUCGGUCAGAGAAUAAUCAGGCUGAUGCAUUGUCCAAACUCGUCAGUUCGGCCUCCUGUGACACCCCACGUCACGUAUUCUGCGAAGUGUUGGACCAGAAGAGCAUUGAGCAGAACGAAACGGAAGUACUGGAUAGAAUGUCCACUUGGAUGGAUAACAUUAUCAAUUUCAAAAUGAAUGGGGAGAUCCUAGAAGAUCUUCACCAAGGGUUGUGCAGUUCGCAUAUCGGGGGAAGGGCUCUGGCAGUAAAAGCACUUCGGACCGGCUACUAUUUGCCUACCUUAAGGGAAUAUGCUCUCUCCUUGGUCAAAAGAUGUGACAAGUGCCAGCGCUUUUCUCAUCUGAUUCACCGGCCGGCACAGAUUUUGACGCCCAUAACUAGUCCCAUACCAUUUUCUAAAUGGGGAAUGGACCUCUUGGGCCCAUAUAUUGCGGCACCAGGAGGAAGAAGUUGUGUUGUUGUUGUUGUCGAUUACUUCACCAAGUGGGUGGAGGCGGAGGCACUGAGAAACAUCAAUACUUAUGAUGUGAAAGCAUUCAUCUGGGUAAACAUCAUCACUCGCUUUGGCGUACCUCAAUCUAUUGUUUUUUACAACGGACCUCAGUUUGAAACCCCCAAACUAAGAGAAUGGUUGGUCGAGCACGGUAUUGCCGGUCAUUUUGCUUCAGUAGGAAGGCCGCAGGCAAAUGGACAAGUAAAAUCCUUUAACAAAAUCAUUUAUGAGGGAAUGAAGAGGAAGUUGGAUGAGGCUAAAGGGUUGUGGGAAGAUGAGUUGCCAAACUUCUUAUGGUCUAUUCGCAUAACAGCAAAGAACUCUACUGGGGAGACUCCAUUCUUACUAGCCUACGGGGGUGAAGCAGUUCUUCCCAUAGAGAUGUGUGAGCCAAUGCUCCGAGUCAUGUUGUACGACGAGAAGGCUAACAGGGAAAUGAUGAAGGUCGCCCUGGAUUUCUGGCCAGAAGUAAGAGGCAAUGCCUCCAUGAGACAACAGUUAUACAAGUUACGCAUGGGAGAGAGUAUAACAAAAAGUCACCGUGUCCUCACCUUCUGCAACCACGCCGCCGCCACCAUCUCUACGCUGCCAUCAUCUAUGCUUCGUCUCCUUAAUUGCAAUUGUAUGUCGAAUUUUGGAGCAAUUAACUCAAAUUGGAUAUUCAUGGGAUUGCAGAAUAAUUCGAGAAAGGAAGGACCUGAGCAGGAGACCAAUUCCUCAGAGAAUUUAAGAUCAGAUGAAUGUAUUAUGCCUAUAUGUUUAUUGAAGAGGAAACAGAUGGUGUUGGUGGUGGAUGAGGAGAAUGCCAAUGAGAAAUUGGUCAUGUACAAUUUUGUAGAAGAAGAUUUUAAGGAUAUUGUAGUUCAUGGUAUUCCAGAAACAUUUGGUUUUGGUGGGAGCUUCAUGGAGACUCUUGUAUCUCCUCAUUGCACUAAUGAAGCUGUUUUUUCAACGUUAGGACAACUUCGAAUCCUGAUAAUGAUACUUACUGAUACUUACAUGACAGUUCCUUCCAGGAGUGAAGAGCUGUUAGCCGCAAAUUCGUGA